ACUGUAAAAAGUGUUUGUAAAUAAUUGGAAAGAAUUUCGUAAGAAACACAACUUCAUUCCCUUUAUAAGGCACCAAAGGAGAAAAUACUUUUUGCAUUUCUUUUUGUUUGUUCUCAUGACUAUUGUUUGUUUCCUUCCUAUUUUACUUUCCAUACCGGAACGCCACUAUUCUUCCAAGAAACCUGGAUUAACUUUACUUGGUAGAUAUCGCUGUUGGAAAAGAUACUGUAAACGAUGUUGUGAUAGAAAUAUGUCUGGUGUUUGGUUGAUUCAGUGUCAGUAUAACCAUAGUCCAAAUAGUCGUCGUGCACUCACUCAGGAAGAGGAGAAAAAGAAGAGAGAAGAUAUCAAGCGGAUGGUCAUCACAAGAAAAGAGGCGCCUUUUCUUGAUGGGAUGGAAGAUUUGUGGAAACAACCUUAUCAACCUGAAAAGUUGGAAAGGAUUAUAUAUGAUUGGUGGGAAAGUAGUGGAUACUUUCUUCCUAAUAACGACUCUUCAAAGACUCCGUUCACUAUAUCCAUGCCACCACCUAAUAUAACAGGAGCCUUACAUAUGGGACACGCAGUAUUUGUCACUCUUCAGGAUAUUCUUGUUCGUUAUUAUAGGAUGCAACAAUAUCCUGUUUGUUGGAUACCUGGAACGGAUCAUGCAAGCAUUGCAACACAAACUUUGGUUGAAAGAAUGUUGAAAGCACAACAAGGAAAGACAAAGGAAGAAGUAGGAAGAGAAAAGUUCCUUGAAUUGGCAUGGCAAUGGAAAGAAGAAAAAACCAAAUAUAUUACUCAACAGUUGAGAGCUAUGGGAAGUAGUUGCGAUUGGUCUAGAGAAAGAUUUACGAUGGAUGAGCAAUUAUCGAAAGCAGUGGAAGAAGCAUUCAUUCGUCUUUAUGAAAAGGGAUAUAUUUAUCGCGGUCAUUAUUUAGUGAAUUGGAGUCCACUAUUGCAAACUGCAGUUAGUGAUUUGGAAGUAGAAUGGGUUGAAGAGGAUGGGUUUCUAUAUUACUUCAAGUAUUGUUUUGCUGAUAAUCCUGAUGAAUAUAUUCCAAUAGCAACGACACGUCCAGAAACUAUCUUAGGUGAUGUUGCUAUUUGUGUGCAUCCACAAGAUGUUCGCUACAAGAACAGAAUAGAACAACAAGUAAUUGUUCCUUAUAUAGGACGUAGAGUUUCUGUGAUAGCUGAUGAAGCGGUGGAUCCCAACUUUGGAACAGGAGCUUUAAAGAUUACACCGGCACAUGAUCAUUUGGACUAUGAAAUUGGCAAAAGACAUGGACUUGAGCUGAUCAAUAUUAUGAAUUGGGAUGCAACUAUGAAUGAUAAUUGUGGUUGUUUUCAAGGUUUAGAUAGAAUGGAAUGUCGUCUCCAGUUGUGGAAUUGGAUGGAAUCUCAAGGACUUGUGUUGAAAAAGGAGCCUUAUCGUAUUCGAGUUCCUCGCUCACAACGAAGUGGAGAAAUUGUUGAGCCACUCAUUUCAUUACAAUGGUUCGUUAAGACAGCAUCUUUAGCAUUGCCUGCCAUGCAAGCUAUUCAAAGUGGAGAGAUUCGAAUUAUUCCUUCCCGUUUUGAAAAAAAUUAUUUGCGUUGGAUGGAAAAUAUUCACGAUUGGUGUAUUUCAAGACAACUAUGGUGGGGACAUUCUUUACCUGUUUGGUAUUUGGAAGAUAUGGAAACAGAUUCUAUGCAAGAUUCUUUUGUAGUUGCUCGCUCGGAAAAAGAAGCCUUGGAUAAGGUUAAAGCAAAAUAUCCAAACUAUUCAGAAAAGAUUCGAU